UUGGAAUAUUUAGUUUUGUGUCGGAGUGCUGAACGUGUGUGAGUGUGGCAGCUGUGGCGGCGGGUCUCUGGUUUUCAUCACUUGGAACUAAACGACCUCAACCAUGACUUCCCGUUUCUUCAUGUCCGACUCCGAGUCGGAGUCGGAGUCCAGUGAAGAGGAAAUUAUCAAUGAGCCAACUGGAAUUUCUGCUGCAGCAUUUGCGUUCAGCGAAGAUGAAGAAGACACCAAACGUAUUGUUCGUUCUGCCAAGGAAAAGCGUUAUGAGGAACUUAAAAACAUCAUAAAAAAUAUCAAGAACUAUAAGAAGAAUAAGGAUAUGUCCAGUUUACUUUCAAGUUUUGAGGACUUGUGUCGUGCUUAUGCCAAAGCAUUGCCCGUAGUGCAGAAGGAAGAAGGGGGUAAAACUCCUCGCUUCUAUAUUCGUUGCUUGGCUGAGCUUGAUGAUUUCAUUCAGAGCGUCUGGGAGGACAAGACUGGCAGGAAAAACAUGUCUAAGAAUAAUGCCAAGGGUUUGACUACCCUUCGGCAGAAGUAUAGAAAAUAUGCCAAAGAUUAUGAAGGCGACAUGGCUGUUUUCCGUGAAAAUCCCGAUGCUCCAGAUUCUGAUGCGGAGGUUGACAGGGACGAUCAGGACGACGAGAGCGAGGAUGAUAACAAUCUCAUGGACUCGGCACCCUUCAAGAAGGAAGCUUCGGUUACCAAGGCCCCCAAGAAGUUUGUGAAAGGAAGUGAUGAUGAAGAUGACGACGAUGAUGAUAGUAUUGACUGGGGUCCUGAUUCUGAUGAUGAGACUUCAUCGUCUGACGGUGGUGGGGGUAUGUUUACUCUCAGAGAGAAGUUCUUGAAGAAAACAACAGACAGGGAUGAUGAUGACAUUAAGAAGAAGAAGAAGAGGCUGCCUCGAGAGAACAAGGCCAAGGAUGAAGACAGUGACGAUGACGGAGGAUGGGAGACGGUAAAGAAAGGGUCAUCGAUGCCCAUGGAAAAACCAAAGAUGUUUGGCAAGGAUGAUGAGAUUAAUAUAAACUCGGUUCACAAAAAGUUGAAUGAGAUCAUGGCAGCUCGUGGCAAGAAGGGAACAGAUCGUAAGGAGCAAAUUGAGCUUCUCCACGAGCUGCUUAACGUUGCACGGGACAAUGCUCUUGGUCAUGCUAUACUGGUCAAGGUUCAGUUCAGCAUUAUUAUGUCCGUGUAUGAUUACAAUCCUUCUGUGUCCGACCCCAUGAAAGUGGAGUUCUGGGAGAAGGUUUUAAUCAAAAUUGAUGAGCUGUUAGACAUGCUUGUUGCCAAUCCAGAUUUGGCCAUUGGAGAACAUGUAACAGAAGAGACUGAGAGUCUUGAAAAGCCGCCUCUACUUGUUCGUGGCUGUGUUCUCACCAUCGUUGAUCGUAUGGAUGAAGAAUUCAUAAAGUUGCUGAAGGCUUGUGAUGCCCACAGCAAUGAGUACAUUGUUAGUCUUCGGGAUGAAAUUCGAGUUUGUGCCAUCAUCGAUAAGCUUUUGAAAUACGAAGAGGAACAUGGAAUGCCUGCUGAUAUAUGCAGGGUCUAUUUAAGGAAGAUAGAGCAUCUAUACUACAAAUAUGAACCUCGUGCUGCAAAGCAAACUCUGGGUGAACUGCCAGUAACAGAUGAUACAAGCCUAGCAGAGAUGGAUAGACUAUGCAAAUAUAUAUAUGUACGAGACAAUACGGAUCGUCUGCGUACGCGUGCUGUGUUGUGUCACAUCUACCACAUGUCUCUCCAUGACAAGUGGUAUGAAGCCCGAGACCUUAUGCUUAUGGCCCAUUUACAGGAAACCAUACAUCAUUCAGAUCUGCCCACCCAAAUUCUGUACAACCGCACCAUGGUUCAACUAGGGUUGUGUGCCUUCCGUCAUGGCAAUAUUAAGGAAGCGCACAAUGCUUUAUUAGACAUUCAGUCUGGUGGAAGAGCCAAGGAAUUGCUAGCUCAAGGUCUGCUGCCUCAGCGCCAGCACGAGCGGACUACUGAACAAGAGAAGCAGGAGAAACAGCGGCAGAUCCCAUUCCAUCAGCAUAUCAAUCUUGAAAUGUUGGAAUGUGUGUAUCUGGUGUCUGCUAUGCUUAUUGAGAUUCCUUAUAUGGCUGCUCACGAGUUCGAUGCUCGCCGACGCAUGAUUUCAAAGUCCUUCCAUCAUCAACUAAAGAAUUCUGAGCGCCAGUCAUUAGUUGGGCCACCAGAGAGCAUGAGGGAACAUGUUGUUGCCGCUUCCAAGGCGAUGCGCAAUGGUAACUGGAAGCAGUGCAGGAAUCUGCUGCUAAAUGACAAGAUGAAUGCCAAGGUAUGGGACCUGUUCCACGAAGCUGACAGAGUCCGCAAGAUGUUAGGUGGGAAGAUACAGGAGGAGAGUCUGCGCACGUAUCUCUUCACUUACUCUCAUGUUUAUGACUCCAUCUCUCUCAUCAAAUUAUCGGAAAUGUUUGAGCUCCCGCACAGUACUGUUCAUGCAAUCAUCAGCAAAAUGAUUAUUAAUGAAGAAAUUAUGGCUUCUCUGGAUGAACCAACUUCGUGCUUGGUGAUGCAUCGUACCGAACCUUCGUCCCUGCAGUCAUUGUCACUGCAAUUAGCUGACAAACUUUACAAUCUGGUUGAGAACAAUGAACGUGUUCUUGACCAGAAGCCCUUUUUCACCCGCGGCAUGCAGGGUGGUGGGUACCGUGACCGUCGGGAGAAGGGAAAUUGGGGUGAUCGCCGAGGUGGUCGAGACAGAGACAACCAGAACAUCCACCGCCGGGACCGCGACUAGUUCUUGCUGGUGGUUGGAGGUAAUGGUGCUACACAGAGUAACCCAUGAAAAAAAGAACUUAGCUUGUGCUUUAUCUACCAUUGUCUUCUCUUUCACUGCUAAAGGUAUUUUGGGGCCCACUCGUUUGUUGAGAGUUGCCGUCACAUUAUUUACAUUAUGAUGGUAUUGGUAUGAUCAAUGUUGUCAAAUCUAACCAUGAGCCUUUAAUUGUCAAAGAAUAUAUUUGUGUUUGCCUGGUGUGGCUCACUAUUUCUGGUACUUUUAAGCAAGUUGCAAAUUUGCAAUAUCAUCAUCAUCACUGAAAAAAUGUUGCCCUACUGCUUUUAUCAUUUUUUAUUAUUUCAUUUUUAAAUAAUUCUUAAAUAGCAUAGUACUUUGGUUAACUGGGAAACCAUCUGAGCCUUUGGGAGCGUAUACCUUUUCCAUGUUGGUCUUGAGCUCGGCACUACUACAUUCUGCGAUUCUCACCACACCAUUACUGGAUAGCAACGGUCUGGUAUGAAUUAAAUUGCAAUCCAUGUUUGAUAUUGGAUUUCAGAAAUGGCACCAUUAUGUUGUUUGUGCUUAAUGUGUUUUCUGUAUACUUCAUCUAAUGUGUGGGCCCCAGAAUUGUGAAGAGCCAUGGCACUUAGACUAAUUAAGUUGAAGUUUGUUAGAAUGUUGCUGCAUUCUUAUAUAAUGUAUUUGGAAUAAAUGUAACAAAUUCUGUCAAGGUUUUAUAAUAGAAAGAAUACUUGAAA